AUGGAUAGCCCCGCUGGCCCAGUUCCCGAGUCCCCCCCAAGAAUCUUGAAGAUCGGCAGCGUUCCGUCGUUGUUUGGCAUCUUCGUAUCUCUGCUCGUUGUGAAAUUCGUGGUCACGGCAGUAUACAAUGUCUACUUCCAUCCGUUGAGUAAAUAUCCGGGUCCAAAGCUUGCUUUGACGUCCAAUCUGGUGUGGUGGAUGAUCAGCUACACGGGCAAGAUUGAGCAGUGGACUCGCAAGCAGCAUGAAACCUACGGCGAAAUCGUCCGUCUAGGCCCUGACCGGCUUAGCUACAUCAACCCGCAGGCGUGGAAGGACAUUUACGGCCACCGCAGCGCCGGGAAAAAGGAGAACGGGAAGGACCUCCGCCGCUUCUACACCAAGGACAUCAACGACAAGUACCAUGUCCUCAACACGCCGGACGUGGUCGAGCAUGGCAACCUGCGUAGAAUCUUUUCCAACGCGUUCAGCGAGAAGGCGCUGAAGCUGCAAGAGCCUCUGAUCAAGAGAUACGUAGACAAGUUGAUCUGGAACAUGUACCGCAUGACCAAGGAGGAUCCGGAUGUUUCUCUUGGCAUGGUCAAGCUGUACAACCUCACGACCUUCGAUAUCAUAAGUGACCUGACUUUCGGCGAGCCUCUCGGGUUGCUCGAACAGUCCGAGUACACGCCGUGGGUGCAGGCCAUCUUCGCCAACGUCAAGGCCCAGCACAUGCAGCGGAUCCAACUUGAGUUUCCCAUGCUCGGCAAGAUCAUGAGCUGGUUCAUUCCGCAGUCUCUCAUCGAUCAGCAGAAGGCCCAUUUCCAGCAUUCGGCCGAGCGCGUGGACCGGCGGCUCGAGAAAGGCGUGGAUGGAGACAAGCCGGACAUCUGGGGCCUGGUGUUGGCCAAAGGCAAGGACAACCAACUCGGGCUGGGCGAGAUGCACGCGAACUCGUCCAUCUUCAUGAUUGCGGGCUCGGAGACGACGGCGACGCUGCUCAGUGGGCUCACCUUCUAUCUGCUCAAGAAUCCGGACAAGCUGCGGAAGGUGGUGGAUGAGGUGCGAGCGGUGGCGUCGGAAGAUGAGCUUACCCUAGAGCUGCUGCCUCGGAUGCCGUACCUGAACGCGUGCUUUGAGGAAGGGCUGAGGGUCUACCCGCCCGUGCCCAUUGGACCUCCUCGCGAGGUGCCGCAAGGCGGCAACGUCAUCUGCGGUGAUUGGGUUCCUGAAAAGACGAGGGUCUCUGUCCACCAAUGGUCUGCGUACCGGUCUGCGCUUAACUUCAAGGAUCCGGACUCGUUCAUCCCUGAGCGGUGGCUUCCUGGAAACGUCGAGUACGAGAGCGACCAGCGAGAAGUGCUUCAGCCCUUUUCCUUCGGACCGCGCAACUGUCUGGGAAAGAAUCUUGCAUAUCACGAGAUGCGGAUUAUUCUGUCCAAGGUGCUCUGGCACUUUGAUUUAGAGCUUUGCGAGCAGAGUCAGGACUGGGCUAACCACAAGUCGUUCACUCUAUGGGAGAAGCCGGAGCUCUGGUGUAAGGCCAAGCCAAUCCGCGCCUAG